CACAGUGUGUGAGCUUAUAUCGUUCAAAGUGUCCUUUGGGGGAAUACAACCUUACAGACGGAUUUAACGAAGAAAAAAUGGAGUAAAGCCUGCAGUAAUGUAUUCCCAAAGAAGCGUAACAUCACUUUCCGCAAAUUCACAUGGCCCCACAGUGACCCUCUCUAGGACACAUCCACUGAAGCUGAAGGAUACGUCCACUGAAGCUGAAGGAUACAUCCACUGAAGCUAAAGGACACACCCACUGAAGCUGAAGGACAUGUCCACUGAAGCUGUCUCUCAGAUUCUCUUCACUAUGCCCAAAAUGUCCUACUGAAUAAAGAAUUCCUUCCUGAAGCCAUCCAUGAUCCAUGAGAGCUGGGGGGCAUCACAGAGGACUGGCAGGACAGCUGGGGGGCAUCACAGAGGACUGGCAGGACAGCUGGGGGGCAUCACAGAGGACUGGCAGGACAGCUGGAGUUUAUCCAGCUGCAGAGGACACUGUUCUAUCCAUCCAUCCCUCUUCUAACGGCUUUUGCAGGUGCACGCUGCGAUGCAGUAGAGGUCUGUAAGGUUUCAGUCUGGUUCUGACUACGGCCCGAUCCAGUCCCCAGUCCCGUACCUCUCCAUGCAUUCCCGCAGGCAGCCCAGGCUCGGACACACCGUGGCGGCGACUCCCAUGCCCACCUGGGGGUGCCGCUUAGCAUUGCUCCUGCUCUUUGCCAUGGCGUAGGCAGUGAAGGGGGGCAGCUGAGAUGAUGGUCGCCACUGGUAACCGGGAACAGCAGCCCCUGAGCCUGACGGGGCUGGAUCCAGAAACAUGCAUGAUGGUGUUUCAGAACCACUGGGCUCAGGUGGAGAAAAUCCUGGAGAAGCACGACCCACUUCGUGUGGCCAGGAUGCAGCACCUGGGGUCCAUCCCAGGGGACGAGGCCAGUGCAGUGCAGAACUACGUGGAGCACAUGCUGUUCCUGCUGAUGGAGGAGGGCGGCGGGCCCGGCGGCGCCAUGGGCCCCAUCCUGGAGCUCGUGGUGACAGAGAAUGUGAUGGAGCGCCUUUUCAUAUGGAGCCUGCAGUGCGAGUUCACCGACGACAUGAAGUUGGAGCAUCUGCGCAUGUACGAGAUGCUGGUGCGGCGCUGCCGACAGCCGCUGCUCCGCCACAAGCCGGUGCGGCGGCCCCUCAUGAUGCUGCUCGCCGCCUGCUCUGGGCCGGGAGCUGCCGCCGAGGUGGAGGCCCAGCUGCUGCUCCUCCUGGGCUGCCUCUGCUCCAUCCUGGCCCGCGAGCCCUCCAUCCUGGAGCUGUUCUUCCACGCCAGCGAGGACCAAGGUGCUGCCAACUUCCUCAUCUUCUCCCUACUCAUCCCCUUCACCCACCGCGAAGGCGCCGUGGGCCGCCAGGCACGUGAGGCCCUCCUGUUCAUCCUGGCGCUGUCUGCUGAGAACCGGCUCGUGGCCCGGUACAUAGCAGAGAACACCUACUUCUGCCCGGUGUUGGCGACAGGGCUUAGCGGUCUCUAUUCUUCCCUGCCCACCCGGCUGGAGCUGUGCACUGAAGACUGGCACCGGCUAGAGCCCCAGGACUGCUUCGCAUUGCCCGCACUGGUCCAGUUCCUGAACUCGCUGCAGUUCUGCGACUCUGUGAUCCAGGUUGCCCAUCCUUUGAUCAGGGGCCAGCUGGUCAGCUACAUCUACAAUGGCUUUCUCGUCCCUGUGGUGGCACCAGCUCUGCACAAGCCAACCCUGGAGGAGGUGGUGACCACCACAGGCUACCUAGAGCUCUUCCUGCGGCAGGCCAAGCAGCCGGCGCUGCUGCGGACCUUCCUGCGCUUCAUCCUGCUGCACAGGCAUGAGGGCGUACAGGUCCUGGACACGCUGGUCUGCCGCAUCAAUACCCCCUUCCAGCUGGGCACGGUGUCGCUGGCCUUGUUUCACACCCUCCUCGGAUUACACUGUGAGGACGUCAUGCUACAGCUUGUUCUGAGGUACUUGAUCCCCUGCAGUCACAUCACCCUGAACCAGCGGGGGGCACUGAAGGAGAGGGACUGCUACUCUGUGUCUGCUGCUCGCUUCCUGGCACUCACCCCCAGCUGCUGCUUCCCUGAGCCCAGCGCCCCCUGGUGUGCUGGAGGCCCUGAGGAACGUGAGGGUCUCUAUGAAGAACACCACCAUGCCGACGCUGGCUUCAACGGGGCAGAGAUUCUCACGGUCGCCAGUUACUUGCAGUACCUGCACGAUGCACAUGAUGGCGUCAGACGCUGCGUGGAGGCGUGUCACACGUGGUCAGCGCCAUACGAUGGGGAGGAUCCACCCCCUGAGCUCUGUGGGUCCAGUUUAAUGGAGGAGACCGAUGGCGGCCGGCCGGGAACGAGCCACGAGCUGCCGAAUCCCCUGGAGCAGGCCGAGCAGCUGGAACUAGAGUGGGAUGACAGCUUCGAUGCUGUCCCGUGCCCCGUCUGCACGGAGGUCCCCCGAAGCGGCAGGCCUGCCCUCACCGAGCCACCCAAGCACAUCCAGGAGAUGAGGAGGAGCGCCAUCAUGCUUGUCAGGGGCUCCUACGUCGAGGAGUCCGAGUUUCAGGACGAUGUCAUGGUGUACAGCCUGGUGGCGCAGAAGGACACGCAGGAAGCCACAGACGGAGGCGUCCUAAAGGCUGGAUGGGCAGAACGGACAUCACCUGGUGAAGGGCGGGAGCGAGAACAGCCAGCUCAGUCGCUCACCAAUGGAUGGAGCCCCCUGCUGGACACACAGGAGGCUGCGGAGCAGGAAAACUGCCCCCCGGGCCAGAAGUCGGGCCAAGCAGCUACAGCGAGGCGACCGGCAGAUGAGCUGGCAUCCCAGUAUGAACAGCUGAUCCGUGAGCUGGGGGCAGAGCUGGGAAGCCUGGAGGGACCCCGGAGGGGGUCGCUGACACGUGGCAUCCUUACCGAUGAGGAAGAGGUGGAUUUCAGCUCCUUUAGUACCAACGAUCUGGAAUCGGAAAACACCCCCUCGCCUGACGGAUCAAAGGAGCAGGCGGUGAGCCAACCAGCGCCUUUCACAGGGCCUUUCGUCAGCGUGCUGCUGUCCCGCCUGGAGAACAUGUUGGAGAACUCGCUCCACACCAACCUGCUGCUGACAGGCCUCCUGGCCCAGCUGGCCUCGCACCCCCAGCCGCUGCUGCGUCGCUUCCUGCUGGACACUGGCCCCUCGUUCCAGCCCACCGCCCACUCCCUCUACCAGGUUCUGGCUUCCAUUAAAAGUCAGAUAGAGCAUCAGGCUUCUAUGAAGCAGAAUUUCCGGGAGGAGGUGAGAGAGGCACUGAAGUACCUCCUGGCCAGGGAGGAGGUCCCUGGGGGCCGAGGCACCCUGCUGAAAUCUCACGCUGGGCAGAGAGGACUGUGGCCCCCCAGAAGAAAUGCCCCAGCCCUGGCCCCCCAGCCGAGAAUCCCGCUGCAGGCCCAAAACGCCACGUUGGCCACGGUGAUCUACGCAGAGUUCCUCAAAGAGCUGGCGGCCAUUGCACAGGAGCAUAGCGUGCUUGCACCGCUGCCGAGUGAUCACUAGGGGGCUGUCCAUGGCCAUGUCCACAGCGAACUGCAUCCGUGAAGGUGUUACAGCUUUUUAUGUGUCAAUAUUAAAAAGCAUAUAUUUUUAUGGCAUUUUUGUGAUGAUACUUGACAGAAAAGAAUUCUCUGGGGGGUGGAGAUUUAAUGUUUUAUGUGCAUUUUAAUGUUAUUUCUUACUACGGCAUAUUUAUAUGACAUUUUGUACAGGGUCUAGUCAUAACAUUUUGGGUUCCUUUUGAAAUUCUAUGCAGUAGAAUCAUGUACAACAACAGAAUUUUUCUUUCUGAAAUCACACUGACCAGGGCUCCAGUUGUGAUUACAGAAAUCAGGAACGCUGAGUUUGUUUUUUUGGGGAAUGGUGUCCUGCCAAGUGAGUCAACCGUAGAGGGCUAAGAACCCAUGAUUAUGGCCAGAGAACUUGACUGAUGUAUAAGCCGAUGUAGAAACUGCACACUUCUGCAAUGUGACUGUCAUUAUGGUCUUUGCUGAGGCCUUAUCACAGCGGCGUUUCCGUAAACAUUACAGGAAAAAUAAAGUAGGGAAAUCUAUGCAAACUGUCAGAAGAACAUUCCCAGCUCUCAUGUAGAGGAGGCGGGAUUUUCUCGUUCAGAUCCUUUGUGUUUGUCUUCCUCUGGAAUGACGGAAUGAGUCACCUUCUGAUUUCCACUGGUGACACAUCAGCACCACUUUAUUCUACAAAGGUCACAUUAGCAUCCCUUUGAAGGAAAAUACCAAGAAAUCGGCAUGAUAAAAAAAAAAACACCCAAUACGGGACUUUCUGUGUGAGUGAAAUAUAAAUUACUUUGGGAGAGUUUGUUUGAUGUUCAGGGUGAUAAUACUCUGCUCCUGAACACGUCUGAAGGACUUCCAUGGAUACGAAAGAAAAAAGCACAAAGACACUGUGGAAUUCCUGUCUGCUGGGAUUUGCUGUCUGGGCAACAUCAGAAGGGGGAAAAGGGAGACGUAUUAUUUCAAUUAUCCCAAACAGGGCUGUUAUUUCUGGGGAAUGUCUUUGAGGCGCGCAUGUUGUUAUUUUGCAGCAAUGAUUAAAAGGCCUGACACUUAUUAAAGAUGCCAUUUUGGGUGUGAAAUGUU